AUGGGCUCCGACGAAGAGCACCGUGGCCAGCGGUCGCGACGUAGCCGCCACGACGACCAAGACGACGACGAACGGCCCCGCCAAGAACGAGACACCACAGAUCGCGAUAGCCACCGCCGCAGACGUAGCAAAGAUCGCAGCGACACCCACCGCGACCGUGAACGUGAUCGCGAUCGUGAUCGCGGCUCGGACAGACCACCACGCAAAGAACGACGAAGAUCACGAUCACGCGACAGGCGCGAGACGUCCCGCCGCUCGCGCUCACCAGACCCUUCCGCGCGGAAACGCUCCCGCUCACGAGACCGCGAUCGCAGCCCAACCUCCGACUCGGGAGACGACAACUCCAAACCUUCAGAGCGCAAACGCCUCACGGCACCCACAAGCCCCGUCCGCCGCUCGGGACCGCUCCCGGACCAAGACGCCUCCUUCGCCGUCUCCAAAGGCGAAGAACCCGAAAAACCAAAAGAAAAACCCAACCUCCGCACAACAGGUCUCCUCGCAGCGGCCUCCAACUCGGUUCAACAAGCCGACGGCACCUCCAUCGCGCUGAAAUACCACGAACCCGCCGAGGCGCGCAAGCCGCCCGCCCGCGACCAGUGGAAGCUCUUCGUCUUCAAGGGGGACGACGUGGUCGACACGGUGGACCUGAACCUGCGGAGCUGCUGGCUGAUGGGGCGGGAGGCGGCCGUGGUGGACUUCGCGGCGGAGCACCCGAGCAUCAGCAAGCAGCACGCCGUGAUCCAGUUCCGGCACGUGGAGAAGCGGAACGAGUUUGGUGACCGGAUCGGCAAGGUGAAGCCGUACCUGAUCGAUCUCGAGAGCGCCAACGGGACGGUGCUGAAUGGGGACAAGGUUGCCGAGAGUCGGUAUUACGAGCUGAGGGAUAAGGAUAUGAUCAAGCUGGGGCAUAGUACGCGGGAGUACGUGCUCAUGCUGGCGCCGAAGGACUAG